AUGUCUAAAGUUCCUACAGUGAAGCUCAACAGCGGCUACGAUUUUCCUUUAAUUGGCUUUGGUACCUUUGGUGGUCAUGAUGCUCCUGAACAAGUCUACGAAGCCUCUAAAUGUGCAUUAGAAAAGGGAUACAGACAUUUUGACACAGCUUAUUCUUACGGAACAGAAGAUGUAUUAGGCAAAGCCAUCAAAGAAAGCGGUAUCCCUCGGAAAGAGAUCUUUAUUACUACCAAGUUGUGGCAAAAUUUCCAUGAGCCAGAACACGUCGGUCCUGUCUUUGAGCGCUCACUCAAAAAUCUUGGGUUGGAUUAUGUCGAUUUAUACUUGAUGCAUUUCCCCUUCUCUUGGAAAUUUCAAGGCUACGAGUUAGAUAAUUUGAAGUCUUCAGAUGUUACUCGUGUACCCAUUAUUGAUACUUGGCGUGCUAUGGAAAAGCUUGUCAAGGAGCACAAGGCUCGUUCAAUUGGUGUCUCCAACUUUACUAUUCCUAUGCUCGAAGAAUUAUUAAGCAAGUGUGAGAUUCCUCCUGCUGUUAACCAAGUUGAAAUUCAUCCUAAACUUCCUCAAGAAGAACUCUUUGCUUACUGCAAGAGCAAGAAUAUUAUCUUGACUGCUUAUUCUCCUCUUGGUAAUCCUGGUUACAGAAACAACAUGGUCAAGACUGUUGAAGAGCCCGUUGUGACUGACAUUGCCAAGAAGUACAACAAGUCUCCUCAACAGGUCUUGCUUAACUGGGGUGUCAAUCGUGGUUAUGCAGUGAUUCCCAAGUCUGUCACACCUUCUCGUAUUGAAGCAAACCUUGAAUUUUUCAAACUAGACGAAAAGGAAAUUGAGGCCAUUACUGCACUUGGUCGUGAAAAUCAAGUACGCACUUGUGAUCCUAAAGUAAUUUGGGGUCCUUCAAAUAACAUCUUUGGUUAAGUGCUAUAUCCAAAAAGAAUAAAAAGUUGAUUUGGUUGUUAUUGUGUCAUCGAGAUUGUCAUGAAAACUACUUUAAUUUCAUUUUAUGUAAAUUCAUUGACACUAUUAGCGG